CCAUCUUCUUCCACUCUCUGCAACUUCGAGAAUCCAAAUUCGACAAAAUACCCAUUUGAGUAAUCCAUUGAAUAUCAUCAAGUUCAUCAAAAUCUCCAAAUGGGUCUUUCCCUCAACACCAUUCCCCAAUCGACAAUCACCCAAUCCCACUACCAUACCCACAAGAUCUUUCUCUUCUCCAACUACAUCCUCCUCGGUGCCGCCUCCAGUUGCAUCUUCUUGACCCUUUCGCUCCGCUUAGUCCCUUCCCUCUGCGGGGUUUUUCUGAUCCUCCUGCACGUCGUCACCAUCGUGGGGGCAGUUUCGGGUUGCGCCGCCGCAUCUUCUGGUACAAACAGGUGGUAUGCGGCGCACAUGGUGGCUACGGUUCUGACAGCGAUUUUUCAGGGAUCGGUGUCGGUACUGAUUUUCACUAGAACUUCUGAUUUUCUGGGAAAUUUGAAGUCGUACGUGAGGGAGGAAGAUGGGGCGGUGAUUUUGAAAAUGGCUGGGGUGCUCUGCGCGGUGAUUUUCUGCUUGGAGUGGGUGGCGCUGACACUGGCUUUCUUCUUGAAGUACUAUGCGUACGUUGAAGGGGAUGUUAAUGGCGGAACGGCGUUGAGGAGAAGUGCAAAGAUGCAGCAGGAGAAUUUGAAGGACUGGCCAUGGCCUUUCCAAGUCUGAAUUUCUGGGUUCAGCUGGUGCGGAAUUGAUAUUAUUCUGCUUUCUAAUUGAAUUGUUGAGGGAUUUUGGGGGUUUAAUUCAUCUCAUUUAAUUUCAAAUGAAUAUAUGGGUUUUUUUUUCUUUUCUUGGGACAUUAUUUUUUUAAUUGGAAUAUGCUUGUUGUGGAGGGGCUAUUGAAAUUUACGAAGUCCUUUUUAUGAUGUUAUUAUAAUCAAUAUGCUAAUGAUAUUGAUUAGCUUGUUACUACAAGUUUUCAAUUUUUUAUAAAGUGUGUGCUUUCGA